AAUAACAUUAUUCUAACUAUUAUUAUUAUUAUUAUUAUUUUACACUUUUUCGAAUAUAAAAUACAACAACAAUACACAAAUACAAAAUUAUACUAGAGACGUAUUAUAAGAAAUAAAUCUAAUUAAUUUAAAUAACAUAUAUUUUACUUAUUAUAUUGUUCAAGAAGUAGCGCGUGCAAUAUAUACACAUUUAAUUUAUUAAAUAGGUACUAAUUCAAUGAAGUCCAAAUUGGGGACAAAUGUCCAACAACUGCGUAGGAUCUAUGAACCAUGUAUCGUUGGACGAAAUCCGUCAGUGAAUAAUUUGAAUCACACUACAAUAGCUGCUAUCUACCAUGCGAUGUUUACAUUAACCGUGAUUUUUAUAGCGGUAAUAUUUGCGACUAUUAUUGAACACAGGCGUAUGUUGAAUAUUUAUUGGAAAACUUUGUCAAAUAUUAAAUUCGAAAUUUUAGACAAAAUGAUAUUGAAAGAGAACACUGUACUAUCAUUCUGGAAAUAUCUAAGUAACGGGGAAAAAGCAUUUGGUAUUAUAACUUUCGUAAAUGUUGUCGUCUACCUAUCCUGGAAUGUGACAAAGUGGAAUUCUACAAUGUUUAAAUAUUUCAUAGUUAAUGAAGACCAAUCAAAUUCCGUUUGGUCAAAUUUACUAAGUUCAUUUAGUCACUCUUCAUUAAGGAGCUUAACAGCAAAUGUUGUAUAUUUAUAUUAUUCACUGUGUAAAUUAGGAUUUAUACGAGCGUGGCCGAUCUCCAUAUUUUCACCUUAUAUGGGAAUAGAAGAAUUUUUCGUUUUUUACAUUAGUGCGUGCUUGUUUUCAUCUUUAUCUAGAAUUUACAUUGAACCAAAACUAAAUAUGUUCAGCAAAAAGAGUAGACACGGAGCUUUUUUGGUACACAUUAGGAUCGAAAAUCAUUUGGAACAACAGAAAAUAUCUAACAAAAACUCUUGAAAACAAUUACAUCUUUGUAAAUUAAUAUAAUAAAUAUAUUGUACGUACCUAAUAUUAAUACUUUG